GUAGAUAGUUUGGUAGGUGUGCGGGUCCAUGGUUUGGUUGAUUGAUAUGGCGUGAGAUCUGUGCUGUACCCGGGAUUACGUUUCGUUCCGCUAUCUUUCCUUUUUCCUCUCUCCUGGAAGUCCUUAGUACUUGAGUAUCAUAGAGGGGGAGGGAGAUUGUACUUUUUUUCUGAUACCGGUACUGCACUGCGCUGCAUCAGGACCCCUCCGCUUUUAUUCCCGUGGCGAGAUCGCGGGAUGUGGGUGACGGACUGUCGUUCGUUGCACCACUCACUUCCCCAUUGCACAAGCUUUUCUUAUUGCAAAUACACUUAAGGAUAUAAAGAUCCCACCGCUGAGCACGGAUACCUAUCCCUUCAUGUUUUGAGUUGCACGGUUCAGGGGCUACCGUACCACACAGCCAUCCAUCCCUCCUUCUCCCUCUCCCUCUCCCACGGGCGAACACGAACACAACAACCUCACAGCAUCAUGUCCCAAGGCGAAGAGAGUGCAGUUGCGCCCGUAGAGUACCCCGAACUUAGCCCUCUCGAAGCGGGCAGUUCUCAAGAUGACUCUGAUGGGUACUUUAGUAACGACGUGAGCGAAACUACAUCCCUAAAUUCUAGCAUCCUGGACUACGAGUACGAGAAUGGGAGACGGUAUCAUCGGUAUCGACAGGGCUCCUAUCUCAUGCCAAACGACGAGACGGAGCAAGACCGCCUGGACAUGAUGCAUCAUAUAUACCUCAUGAUGCUGGAUGGGAAACUGCAUUUAGCCCCUAUCGGCGAUAAUCCGCAGAAGAUAUUGGAUAUUGGUACUGGGACGGGAAUUUGGGCUAUCGACAUGGCAAAUGAAUAUCCUUCCGCGGAGGUCAUUGGCACGGACCUUAGCCCUAUCCAACCGCAAUGGGUCCCACCGAACUGCCGCUUUGAAGUCGACGAUGCGGGAAGUCCCUGGACAUUCUCGCCGGACUCCUUCGACUUCAUCCACUCCCGCCACCUCUCAGGUGCGCUAACGGACUGGCCGGAAUACAUCGGCCAAGUUUACAGAACCCUCAAACCUGGCGCCUGGAUGCAACUCAGCGAGUACGCGACUGACGUGACGAGCGACGACAACAGUUACCCAAAAGAAUGCUCGAUCAGGACCUAUUUACACCUUAUGAACUCGGCGGCCACCAAAAUCGGACGAGUGAUGAAUGUGGCGCACACCUUAAAGGGAGUUGCGGAGGAGGUCGGGUUCACAAAUGUUUCCCAGAGGAUGUUGAAGUUGCCAUGGGCACCCUGGCCGUCGGAUCCGAAGAUGAAGGAGUUGGGGAGGUUUGCGCUGUUAAAUUGCGAGACGAGCUUUGAGGCUUUUGGGUUGGCGCUGCUGACCAGGGUUAUUGGGAUGAGCGCUGAUGAGGCACUCCAACUUUGUCAGGAUGCGAGGAAGGAACUGAGGAAUAAGAAGAUACAUAUUUACAAUUUGCACUAUAUUAUUGUCGCGCAGAAACCGCUGGAGAAGGGGGGUGAUUAAUUUCUAGCUGGGAUUUGUGAAUGUUGACAUGAAGUUUUUUUUUUUUCAGACCUUUUUCUUCUGCUUGUUUGAUGGUAAUAAUGGGUGGUUGCAUUGCAUGUUGUAGUGCUUCUGGGUUGGAAUGGGAAUGGAUGGAAUGGUGUCGGUCUUGGUUGGAUGAUAACAGCUCCUCUGGGAUAUUAGUCUGCUGGCUAUCACAAUUACUUUUACACUGUGUCGCACUGCUAAAACCACUCGCUCAUGAAGUGGAGUGUUUCGAAUGGAGUGUUUGCUUUUUGUCAUGAUAUUUCUUCAGAUUAGCUAACCUAAAACUAAUUGUAACUGUCCCGCGCACC